UUCAGGUGGUCAAAAUACGAUUGUCCAAUGUUCUUUAGAUUUUUAAAUAAAAUUUAUUAGUUUUUUUAUUACAAAAAAAAUAUAUUUUGUAGUUCCGGACAUACGUAAACGCUAUGUGUAUUUUCUUCCUGUUUUUAGAGAGAAGAACUUCGCCUCUGAGUUCUGUAAGAAGAAGAUGUAUUAUCAUAUUGUCAAUAGUAUUAGUGCCAUGUGCUAUUUUAAAUCUUUUGUCAUCGACGGAUAUACACGAAGAAACAAUUUUGCAAAACAACAUUGCUGAAUUACAAGUUAAGCUUGAACAUUUGCACGCCAAGUAUAUAAGUAGCCAGGAAGAAAUAAAUCUAUUGUCGCAUCAAUUGCUACAACUAGUAGAAAGCAAUCAUAUUAUACCUGAUCUUCAAUAUCUGAUCAAUAAUGGUACAUCUAAUAUAACAAAUAUUAAAUUACCAUCUAUAUACAAUUUUCUUCCACAUUUUUUAAAUGAUCCGAAUAGUUUGCGUCCUGCAUUUAUACAAAGCAAAGGACGUUCCGGAGUAAGCAUGGUAUUAGGUAUACCAACUGUUAAAAGAGAAGUGCAAAGCUACUUGAUGGCUACAUUAAAAAAUUUAAUCGAUCGUAUGAGUCCUACGGAAAUUCUUGAUACGUUAAUAGUAGUGUUAGUAGCCGAAACAGAUUUGGAUUAUGUGACUUAUGUUGCAAAGCAAAUUGAAGUGCAAUUUCCAAAUGAAUAUGAAACUGGAGUGAUCGAUGUGAUAUCUCCAUCUUCGUCAUAUUAUCCAGAUUUAUCUAAAUUGCGAGACACUUUAGGAGAUGAUCAUCAACGCGUUUUAUGGAGAUCAAAACAAAAUCUGGAUUUUGCAUUUCUCAUGUCGUAUGCUCAGACAAAAGGAAUGUUUUACAUACAACUAGAGGAUGAUAUUUUAGCUAAAAAAAAUUUUAUAACUACCAUGAAAUCGUUUGCUUUACAAAAAAUUAGCACAAAAGAGAAUUGGUUUGUAUUGGAUUUUUGUCAAUUGGGAUUUAUAGGAAAAUUAUUUAAAUGCGUGGAACUGCCAUGGUUAAUCCAAUUUUUUCUAAUGUUUCAUAACGAUAAACCUGUAGAUUGGCUAUUAGAUCAUUUAAUUUCAACUAAAGUUUGCAGUCUUGAUAAAGACAGUAAACAUUGUAAGAUGGCUAAAGCAGAACUCUGGAUACAUUAUAAACCUUCACUUUUUCAACAUAUAGGAACACACUCUUCAUUGAAGGGAAAAGUACAAAAACUUAAGGAUAAACAAUUCGGCAAAAUUACUUUAUACUAUGCUCAUGAAAAUCCUGAUGCAUUGGUAGAAACUCAAAUAAAACCUUACAAACAAUAUACGCUGCAAAAAGCAUAUAAAGGAGAAUCAUUCUUUUGGGGGCUUUUACCACAACCGGGGGAUCACUUAAAGUUUAAAUUUUCACAUUCUAUUUUUAUAAAAAGGUACUUAUUUAGAAGUGGAAAUCCUGAACAUCCGUCUGACAGAUUUUAUAAUACAACUGUUGAAGUGUUACCUGAAAUAUUUAUGUCUGUAGAUAGAAAUAGUAAUGAUAUAACAGAAGAUGGUUAUAUUAUUGUAGGUAAAUUUGAUGCUCUUGGAAUUGCUCAAGGAACGGUAGAUAGAAAAUAUGGAAAAAUAUCUGUUCUUAGAUUGACUGUGCAUAGUGAAAGUGAAAAUUGGGCAAUUUUAUCUGAGAUUCAUGUAGUAGAAGAUCAACCAAGUUGACCUCUGAAUGAAGAAUUACAUCAAUAUUUUCGGUAUCAUUUGCAUGGCUGGAAUGCUUGAGCUAUAUUUUCUUUAGUUAUUACAAUUUUCAUUUCUAAAUUAUAUUGAUUUAUUUGAACAGCGUUAAUGUGCCAAGUAGAUCACUAAUUAAUUCAAAAAAAAGUAUUAGUAUUAUUCGUUUAUGUGUGCUAUAUUAAAAUAUAUAAAUAUAAAAUAUUAUUAAAUUAUAUAUUACAUUUCUACAACUAUGAUUCAUAAUUUUACAUAUUAUUAAACAUAUACUUAUUAAAGACAGAAACGUGAUCUACGGUGCAAGUGAUACUGCGUUGAAAAUUUUAUUUCUACUUACUUAAAAACAAAGUAUACGCAUAAAUUUCUUUGAAUUAUUAUUAGAAUAAUUUUAAAUCAUUUGUGAACGACAUAUUUAUUUUUUUAGAAAGUGUACCUGCUGAAUCAGUAUGUAGUAAUUUCGUAAAAAUGUUUUAUUAAGUUCAUGAUUUAAUAUAUUUUAUUUAUUCUACAAAUAUGUUCUUGUAUAUACAUAUAUAAAAUACAGUAUAGAUAUAAUAAGACUAACAAAAUUAACAGUAUAUUCUAUACUGUAUUGUGAUAAUAAAUGUAAUUUGCAUUUAUUACAAACGAGACAUUAAUGUUUUUAUUCAAAAUAUUGUAGUAUUAAUUCCUAGUAAUGAACUUUAAUGAAAUAUUUUCUUUCAACGUCGAAUUAUUUUAUGUAUAAGCUUACGAGAUAUCAUUUACAAAGAUUAAGGAUAAAAGAAUUAAAAACAAAAUUUACAAAUAUUUAAUUCUCAAAAUCUGCGAAUCGUAAAAUCUUUGAAAUCUCGUUUGUAGAAGUGCAACUUCUUAUAAAAAAAAUAUUUUGGGAACGACUAUGAGGAAGAAAGAAACAAAAUGAUAAAUUUAACCCUUUUUUUCUUUAUACAGAAAAAAAAUAUAUAUAUUAUACAUGUAUACAUAUAUUUAUACGUGCGCACUAUUUGUACGCAAAAUGUGAUUCACUUGAACUUUAAAGCAAACAAACUAAUUAAAUAUUCGUAUAAAUAAAUUUAAAAAAGCC